AAACAGCGCUCAUCACUAUCUUAGCACACACCGCGUAAAAGUGACGCCGAUUUCAAUUUCAACGAAUUUCGAAAAGUGUGAUAAAAAAACUAGAAACAAUGGCCGACGUGGACGAUUUUGAUUCGCUGUCCAAUGCAGAGCUCCGUGCUAAGAUGCUGGCCCAGGGCCUUCCGAACAUCCCGGUGACGGACAGCAGUCGUAAGGUUCUGGUCAAGCGUUUGCGAGCCUCCAUUGGCGGCCAGGGCUCACCAGCUCCGACAGCCAGUCCCAAAAAGAGUAACAAGCGGGAUACCCUGGCUGCCGCAGCUCCAGUUCCAUCUGCUCCGGCAGCUGCCUCCACGCCGGUGGACAAACUGGAUGGAAAUAAGAUUGCACCCGCAACCAAGGCUCGUCGCACUAUUACCGCCACGGAGGCCAAGGAAGCCGAGCGUCGUCGACCAGAAGAGCCGGUUGUCGCCAGGAAGCCUACAACUGCUGCUGCUGCGCCACCCAUACAGACUCGUCGCACCUCCACCACAUCCACAGGGCCCGAAAGAAAAGUGUUGGAGCCCAUUAGGAAGCCACAAAUCAUUGCCGAAGAACCGGCAGCUUCCAAGCGUGCCGAUCCCGAAGAAAAAUAUCUUAAGGUUAACUCACUAAUUGUCCUAGAGUCCGACGAUGAGGAGGACGAACAAUUGGCUGAGGCUGCAAAUCUAGUGGAGCAGCAACAAGCGGCCAGGACGUCCAAGUUUACAACCAGCGGAACCACUUCUUAUGAGUACAAAAGCAAGGUGGUGGAACCACCUCGUCGCCAGGUCUAUGAAGCCACAGCAGCUCCUGUGCUGCCGUCAUAUGUGCCAUCUGCCAGAACACAGACCACUAGUUCGACCAGGUCCUACGAAUACGGGAGCAACCAGGCAGCAGCACCCGGACGCUAUAGCAGCUUUGUCCGUACUGCUGCUCAGGGUUAUGUAACUGCAGAGGCUCCGCCGAUAUCCGCCUACUCUUCAUCUAGCUAUCAGCGUACCUAUGCAAACGAACUAAGCGACGACAACGAUGCCGAUGAUGCUCAAUACGAGAGCACCUUUGCCCAGAAUUUGGCACGCUUGCGUGCAGAAAAGAUUGGCGAUCGCUGCAGUCCGUAUAGGCGCACUUUGGCUAGUGGCAAUGUGGCCAGUGGAUCUCUGGGCUAUGAGCCACGUGCCAGACGCUCCCUUCGACCGGAUGAGAACAGCGUAUCGGUGGCCUUCGCUCGCUGGUGGAAUAGCCUGGAGCAGAAGUACCACAUCAAAUCAAAGCUGUUCAUCCUGUUCGUCAUCUUGUUGCUAAUCGGAGUCUAUUCCGUUUUCUUCUAACUACUAUUUGAAUGUUCUUAUUUCGAAUCUGUAAUCUAGUUUGUAUUUCACGUUGGAUUUGUUUUGUAAACGGGCCCGCCACUGCGGUCUUUGUAUAAAUCUCGUUUCUAUGUAAUUUGAGCUUGAGAUUGACUAGCAUUUAAGCUGCGUGUUAUCCGUGUUCCAAUAAAAAAAGCCCACUUGCAGGGAAUCACCAGACCAA